AUGGCUGAGCAGCUCAACCUUGGUUCAGAUGCGGCCUUGGAGAAGAGAACAAGAUGGUGCCGAAAGCCAAGUGCUCCAGCAGUACAAGUAGAUGAUGCAAAGACACGGAAGGUCUACACCCUCGGGACUUGGCGAGUGAGCCGCGAGGUUUAUCUUUGGCAACUUUCCUCGUUGGAUGUGAAGCUGUUGGUAGACGUUCGUGGAAACCCACGUGCUGGACGAGAGGAGCAGCUGUUCCGGGGCAAGGAUUUCACCAAAGCGCUGCUAAGUGUUGGGGUGCGAUACGAAUACUGGGGUGACAGGCUUGGGGAGGAAGAGGUGGAGGGAGCGGAGCCAGAGGACCUGAAGCGUUUAUUGAAGGGUCUUUUGGCAUCAGCGCCGAAAGGUCCAAUCUGCAUCUUUGGACACAUGCAUGAACCCCAAAAGUGCCAUCGUUUGCAGCUGUGCAAUCUUCUGCCAGCCGAAUGCCUUGUGCAGCAUCUCAUGUGGGAAGACCAUCGCAAUGUACGAGUGAUGGGGCACGAGCAGGCGGAUUCCCUGUACAAUCGUUGGGUGGAGUACUUCUACAACAGGCGAUCCAUGGAGGAAGUCAAACGACAAGAGGAGAGGCGUCGAGCUUCUGAGGUCCCUGACACCUCCGCGCCCACUCCCGCUGUUUCCUCCGGGUGGGGUCGAGCAAAGGCUUUGCGCGAGAAGGAAGAGGCAGCAGCUGCGCGACUGGCACGGCUUGCAGAGAUGCGGGCCAAGGAGAUCUUGUGGUAUCCCCAUUUCCUGGAUGACAGUGAGGCUAGUCAACUGGAGACCACGAUCAAGGAUCGGGUGACCAUGUAUCAUGCGACCUACUACUUUCAGACGCCUAGCGGCAUUGUUCAGGAGACUGUGAACAGGAAAGGGCAGGCUCGGAUCUGCGAUGAUUUCAAUUUCGGGAUCCAAUACGACACCUCAAGGGACGCGUCCUCCACCUACGUCUCCCAGAAGAUGGAGCCAUGGACCAGGUCUCUACUUCGACGGAUUGAAGGGGCCAGUGAGGCCGUGUUUAAUGCCAUUUGGUUUAACCACUACCGCGAUGGCACGGUGACCAUCCACUGGAGCAAGCGAGAGUGGAGUGGGAAGCGCAGAGGUCGCGGCUCCACUGUGCCAUGGCAGGGUAUCAUCCACAUCACGUUUCCGCUCUUUCACGGGUCGCUGGCGGUGAUGGGCAAGAACUCACAGAGGCACUGGCUGCACGCAGUACCUGCCAUGGAGGGCAUCCAUGCGGAGCGCACCAAUCUCACCUUUCGCUUCUGGGCCCUGGAAGGUUUCGAAACGAUCGAUGCCGCAGAAGCUGAAAGCAGCAAAGAGGAGAACAGCCAUCCAAGCAAGCUGAACAAGUUUCGGCUUCACGUGACUCCUGAUGCGCAACUGGUGGAGCAGCAGAGUGCCAGGAACGGAAGCAAGCUGUGCCCUGUUAUCUUAGACUCUCCGAAUGAUGCAGCCACGACAACAGGCGAAAUGCUGCGGAGGCUAUGUGAUCACGUGCUUCCGGCUGGUGUGGAGGACGUCCAGCUAGCUGUGUCGACCUCCCGGGAAGAAGCUUACUGCUGGUUAGGAGGGAAUGAAGGGAUACAACAGCUGGCUCUGCUGGAUGAUGCGAAGCCGCUUCGAGACGAGCUGGAGCCCAUGCGGCAAGAUUUUAGGGUUUAG